AUGAUGUGGGUCUUUUGUGUGAUAUUUGUACCAGUUGCUGUAGCGCAGUCUCCGACACUGAUGAUCACGUUCCCAGCGCAACAUUCGUGGUGGCAAGUGAGCAAUGACGAUGGACUACUGGAAACCCUGCCCAUUUACUUUCAGACGCGCAACUUUCGGGUCCCUGACGACGGAUUCUUGCUUGUGACGGGGGAUAGUGUACCAGAUCAAGGCUACCGUCACAUGUCGGAUGCCACUUCCUUAUUUCUAGAUGGAAUUGACCCGGGUACACACUUCUGGAAGCUCGAGCUAAGAGCGUGGAAUAAUUUAUCUAGUACUGCUGCAGAGACGACGCUCCAUGUGGAGAUUGUUGUGGAUCCUUCGAACAAAAACUCUCCAUGGAGCUACAAGCUGCGAGAGGAUGAGACGAAGCCGACAGUACUUUUCAAUCCGGAUAUGUGUGCGUUAUGUACUCGUGAAGUUCUGCCAGUGUGCUACGUGUCGUCUACUUCAAGUGCUUUCGACGGCCAACGUCGGAUGUGGCUACAAAUCAUGGAGGGACUCAGCAAAGUUGACUUUCAAUUUGAGGUGAAAACCUUCGAGCGAGUAGUGACUGAUGCUCCUUUCGCUCGAGCUCUUCGUCGACUAAACGUGAGUGUUGAUGGUCUUCCCAUUGAGAUCGCUCGAAAUGAGCUCCCGGACGAAGAAGCUACUUCUGAUGAAGCCAUCGAAGCGCUUCUUCAAAGCUUUUACCGUCAAUUUUCAUGGGCAAAAAACGAUUCCCGACAAAUAUCGACGUUAGAUCAACAAUUUUUGUCGAAACUUCAGCCGCCAUUCGCUGCUCGAAUUUGGAGCAAGCUGGUAGAUUCACUGGCCUCCUGCAGCGACGGUCUCAUCGUAUUCUCGAAUUCACGCAGUCUUUCAGACGAGCUACUCGUUCUUGCCGCUCGACUCGCUGGACCUCGAGCAAUCGUCAUGGAACUGGCGAAUCUACACCCGACUCGUGUAGAUGUGGACGUCCUCCUGGCACCGUCUCACUUUGCGAAGGAGCACUAUUCUAUAGUGAGGAAUGUUCGUGCUCACAAUACGUUUGUGCUAUCUACCGGUGUGGAUACUCAGAAAUUUACACCUACAAGAUCUCCAAUUUCAACCGAAGAGCACUUUGUUAUCGGUUACGUUGGACGCCUCUCAUCGGAGAAAUCUCUCGGGAUUUUGCUAGCAGCUAUGAAGAAUCUUGCACCAAUCUGCCCUCGCUGCAGUUUAAGAAUUAUUGGGGACGGGCCACAGAAGAUUCAACUCAAGGAACUUGCAGCUGAGUGGGGGUUACUUGGAGCCAGUGUCGAGUUUGUAAAUGGCAUCUACAAUGAGGAAGCGCUGGUGCGUACGCUUCGUGGAAUGCACUGUGGGUCUACCUGUUGUCGGCUUCAUUUCUGCUGGAACAGGGGAAUUUCUAGUAGAUAA